AAUAAAGCAGGGAAGCUUCCAAUCUCAAACCGCGUGGACAACGUAUCAGCAACGAACCCAACCCAAUAUCGGGAUGCCUUGCUGACGAAUCAACCAACCCACUAAAACCAAUCCGCGUCAACAGCUCAACACCCAUCUCCUCUCCGCCGUAUCUAAUCCUCCACCAUCCGACGCGCAACAGGAAGGGGAACAGCCAGAUCGAUCCGUGGGACUCACAGUCCAGCCCAAUCCAGGCAGCCGGCCGGCCGGAUCCGACCUCCGCCCGCCGCCAUGAGCUUCCUCUUCGGCAAGCGGAAGACCCCAGCUGAGCUGCUGCGGGAAAACAAGCGGAUGCUAGAUAAGUCCAUCAGGGAGAUCGAGAGGGAGAGGCAGGGCCUGCAGACUCAGGAGAAGAAGCUCAUCGCUGAGAUCAAGAAGGUGGCCAAGCAAGGACAGAUGGGAGCUGUAAAAGUUAUGGCAAAGGACCUUAUUCGCACAAGGCAUCAGAUCACGAAAUUUUAUGCCCUGAAGUCCCAGUUGCAAGGUGUAUCUCUCCGUAUCCAGACCCUGAAAUCUACCCAAGCAAUGGGGGAAGCCAUGAAGGGCGUCACAAAAGCCAUGUCACAGAUGAACAGGCAGAUGAAUCUACCAGCACUCCAGAAGAUAAUGCGGGACUUUGAGAUGCAAAACGAGAAGAUGGAAAUGGUCAGCGAGGUUAUGGGUGAUGCCAUCGACGACGCCUUGGAGGGUGAUGAGGAGGAGGAAGAAACAGAAGAGCUAGUUAGCCAGGUCCUUGACGAAAUCGGCAUCGACAUCAACUCUGAGCUUGUCAAGGCCCCGGCUACCGCAGUCGCCAUGCCGGUUGCAGCGGGAAAGGCGCCUGUUCAAGCUGAAGCUGCGGGCGGGAUGGACGGUGGAAUAGACGAUGACUUGCAGGCACGGCUUGAUAACCUGAGGAAGAUGUGAACAUUGACGGAUUGUCCACGCCCGCGCAAUUCUCUGUCUGUAGUUUCGUACCAUAAAUGCCACUCCGGCAAAUCUCUUGACGUAUCAUUUGCAGUGUGUUUGGCAUUGAUCAUCUGUAUAUAGACAGAUCAUCAUAUUUCAAUAAAUCACAUA